AUGGACGGGUCGGCGUCCCCGGCUUUGCUGGAGGCAGCAGCCUAUCUGUCGCGUGGGUCAUCACUCUCCAGCGUACCAAAUAGCACAAAGCUCGAGUUAUAUGGGUUGUACAAGUUUCUUACGGUCUCCCCGCUGCCGCAGACCUCGCGACCCUCGCUGUUUGACAUGACAGGACGCGCGAAAUGGGAUGCUUGGACUAGCACGGAAAAGACGUACAACGAUCGCAAGGCAGACGCUGAGAAGAGGUAUCUGGAGAUCGCGCGCGAACUCGGGUGGAUACCUGGUGACGCAGGUACUCAACUGAUUAGCCCUUCGGAUCAGGCAUCGCCUGGUGAGGUGUGGGAUGAUGAGCUAGGCAUGAGAGUCUCCGAUUCUGCGAGCAAUCAUAGAGGAGGCAUGGGCACAACUGUCAGUGCUCUAGCGCGGCCCAUAACUCAGGACGGAGCAGAGACGCUGCACAAACUAGCUAUUGAAGGAGAUCCAGACAAGGUCUCUCGAUUCCUGGAGGCACACCCACUACUGGAUAUCAAUGAACGUGACGAAUUCGGAUAUACGGCGUUACACCUUGCUUUUGAUAGAGGAAAUUUGCCUACAGCUAAAGUGCUACUCGAGCACGGCGGGGACCCGUUGCUCAAGGAUCCGGAUAACUUGACAGCAGCGGAAUUGGCUGAGAUUGCAGGCCACAGCAAGCUCUCUGCCCUUUUACGAGAAGGCAGUACCAUAGUAUAG